UGUCCAAGUCUGAAAGGCAAAAUGCCAAAGUCACUUGAAUGUUUAGUGAAUUUGAAAAUCUGUGACUGUAAACAACUUGUUGAUUCUGUUCCAUCUUCUCCGAAAAUCAGUGAAUUACGUCUAAUCAAUUGCGGAGAAUUGGAAUUUAAUUAUUGUUCACCCUCUCUGAAGUUUCUUGAGAUCCGUGGAUGUUGCUUGGGAGGAUCCUCCGUGCAUUUGAUCGGGAGUGCCUUAUCUGAAUGUGGUACCAACAUUAAAGUGUUGAAAAUUGAAGACUGUCCAACUGUGCAAAUUCCACUAGCUGGUCACUACAAUUUCCUUGUAAAAUUGGUCAUCAGUGGUGGCUGUGACUCUCUAACGACCUUCCCUCUCAAACUGUUCCCGAAUCUUGACACUCUUGAUGUUUAUAAGUGUAUUAAUUUCGAAAUGAUUUCACAGGAAAAUGAACAUCUUAAACUCACAUCUCUCUUAAUUGAAGAGUGUCCUAAAUUUGCAUCAUUUCCAAAUGGAGGAUUGUCUGCACCCAGGCUUCAGCAGUUUUAUCUUUCAAAAUUAGAGGAGUUAAAAUCACUUCCUGAAUGCAUGCAUAUCCUCCUUCCAUCUCUCUAUAAGCUGUCUAUAAAUGAUUGUCCACAAUUGGUGUCCUUCUCCGCUAGAGGUUUGCCUUCAAGUAUAAAAAGCCUCCUUCUCAUUAAAUGUUCCAACCUUCUCAUCAACUCCCUGAAAUGGGCGUUUCCAGCAAAUACAUCUCUCUGUUACAUGUAUAUCCAAGAAACAGAUGUGGAGUCUUUUCCCAAUCAAGGGUUGAUUCCACUCUCUCUUACCACUCUAAAUAUCACUGGUUGUCAAAAUCUCAAACAACUUGACUACAAGGGUCUCGACCACCUCCCCUCUCUUUCAUCAUUAACUCUUAAAAACUGUCCCAACAUAAAACGUUUACCGAAGGAGGGUCUACCUAGAUCCAUAUCAACUUUACAGAUUUCGGGGAACUGUCCAUUCCUUUUAGAAAGAUGCAAGAAACCUUAUGGAAAGGAUUGCGAGAGGAUUGCGCAUAUUCAAUGUAUAAUGAUUGACGAUCCUGAGAGGGACCAACAGUCAUAGUGCCCAACAAUUACUCAGGGAUGGGUAUGGAGCUAUCAGGAUUCUGGAACUUGGUUUCUUGCAUUGUCAAAAAGUGUACAAUAUAAAGGUUAGAAGGAAAUCCAGUGAGAGUUUGGUUUGCUUAAACAUUACAGGAAGAACUUUUUGCUUAUUCAAGUGUUGGUUUUUGGUUCUGAUUCAAGUGUUGGUUUCAUAUUGUGUGUCAUGUACUGAGAAAUUAUUUGAUGAGAAUAUUUGCAACUCUUAGAGAUACAUAACCACUAUUACUUUGACUUGCAUAUUUUGGAUUUUGGGUCAUGUAUGAUCAGUAUUUUGGGUCAUGUAUGGAUCAUUUAGUGGCUAAUCUCACUUUUGCAAUGACCAUUAUUUAAGGUCUUGUAUGAUA